UCCUGGGAAAAGUCCAGGGACGGGCUGGGGAGGGUGUGGCUCAAGUGCGAACCAGUGACAUCAUCCGGGAGAAGAAUGACAUCGUUGAAGAAGAGAAGGAGAAAGGUUGACUACCUCAGUGGACAACUUACGGACAAGAAGAUUUCAUGGCUGAAGCAAGACCUGCGGCGACUGUGUGUGUCCACGUCAGCCCAGGUCUCAACUCUGUGGCUGAAGAGACUGGGACAGAGAAGGUCUCUGACUGGAGAGCGGCCUCUGGAACCUCUCAGAGAUAGACUGGCACAUCUGAGGGAACAGAACCUCAGACUAUCAACAGAGAUCAGUCAGCUGAACAUGGAGGCAGUAGGACUGUCGGUGGAGCUCCAGACUCUGAGGUCAGAGUCCAGGGAGCUGAGUGAGGGUGUGAGGAGGGCAGAGGAGGAGGUGGGAAUGAGGAGGAGGGAGAGGGAGAGAGAGAGCAGGGCUCGAGUGGCUCACCUGCAUACUGAGGCCAUCCGCCUCAGACGAGAACUUGAGACUCGAAACAGACUAAAUUCAGCUCAGAGCUCCAAGCUGAAGGCUCUGAAGAAAGUUUUGGAGGAGAAGCAGAGAGCAAUAAUCACGAGAAAACAGCUCCAGUCACAUGAGAGUCAUAUGACCCCACCAGCCGAGUCAUGUGAUCCCAGUGAAAUGACCACACCCCCUAGAUCUAAAGGGGAUUCCCCACCGGCAUCGGACACUCCAAGCCACACCCCCUCUGGCAGCAUUAGCGGAGGUAGUCGCAAGAGGAGAGCAGCAUUUGAGGCCCGCACUCGCCAGCUACUGGAGGCCGAGGGGGAGGAGUUUAAGAAACAGAGAGAGGGAGAGAGGGACGGAAGACGAUCCAUAAGAAAACUAGAUUUCUCAGUAGCCACACCCCAAACAACAACUGCCACGCCCAAAACCGCACCCCCUGGUGACUCAACGACGAAUUUUCUACCGGCAGACAUGAUAGAAGAGGGAAAGAAGUUGUUGACAGUACCUGAGGCCGAUACUCAAUGGUUCAUCACCAGUUCUGAGUCGGAACCUUCAGAGAUCAAACAAGUACUAGGGAAAGGGGAAGGGGUCAAAGGGGAGACCGGGGACCACGCCCACUCUUUAGGGAUGGGCGGAGACUUCUUUAACGAGGUGAUGUCGUCAGUGGAGCAGUCGGUGGGCGGUGCAGGGGGAGGGAGGAGGGAGAGAAAAAGAGUUAGGUUUUCGCCAGAUGCCGUCAUCUUGUCUGCAGCUCUCGAGGGAGACCUGCCUACUCUGAGAGACUGCAUUGAGAAGCUGGGUGGUUGCAGACAGACCAGCCACAAGGGUGCCACAAGUCUCCACAAUGCAGUGGUGUCAGGUCACCAGGCUUCCCUGGAGUACCUGGUGGAGAUGGGAUGUGACAUCAACGCUCAGGACGACGAUGGCUGGACACCACUCCACUGUGCAGUAGCCUACAGCAAUGCAGAGGCAGUGGACUACCUCCUUUCUCACGGAGCUAGUCUGUGGCUGGAGACGAGGGAGGAGGGAGAGACGGCCAUGGAGCUGGGGGAGAGGGAGCUGGCUGCCCAGAGAGAGGAGGGAGACAGGGCCGGGCAGGAGGCCGCCAUUCUCUCUCUCGCUCUCCUGCAGAAGGCUCACAGAGAUAUGGGUGUGGCCAAUGGAGGUGUGGUCUACGCUCUGUUUCCUCGCGAGGCGACUGAGGAAGGAGAGCUAACAAUCCAUGAAGGUGAGAGGUUGGUGAGGGAGGGAGGAGGGGAGGAGUGGUGGGAGGUGGAGGGAGAAGGUGGG